CUUUUUAUUUUCGUUCAAACUAUUUAUUCAUUGAUAAGAUCGUACUGAUUUAUUUCGACUACUAUUACUACUAGCACUGGUGUCAAAAAAUUUGAGAUUAUAUAAGGAAAUAUGUUUGGCGGCAGCGGCAAGAAAAAAGAAAACGAUUUAGAGGACGAACUGUUUAUAUUUACUCGCUAUAAACCGGGAGGAUUGGACUCACUCUGUAAAGGCAGUCAUUUCAAUAAAAAGGAGAUUCGCCUAAUGUAUCAGGGAUUCAAACAAGAGUGUCCAUCAGGAUUCUGUACUGAAGAGGAUUUUAAGCUUAUUUUUGCUAAAUAUUUUCCACAGGGAGAUGCGACAAAAUACGCACAUCUUGUCUUUAAGACAUUUAAAUCAUUGAGUUGUCAUCAAACAGGAGUUCUUAACUUUGAGCAAUUUUUAAACAUGUUAUCAUCACUAUCUCGAGGCUCAUUGCUUGAAAAGUUGCGGUGGAUUUUUGCCUUAUAUGACAUCAAUGGUGACGGCUUUAUAAGCAAACAGGAGAUGUUAGUCAUUGUUAGUGCCAUUUAUGAUAUGCUCGGCGAUUAUGUGAUUCCUUAUGUCGAUUCUGUGGCGCCUAAAGAUCACGUCGAGAGACUGUUUCACUUAAUAGACGCUGAUAAAGACGGAGUCAUCUCUUUUGAUGAAUUUACUGAAUGGUGCAAAAAGGAUGAAGAUAGAGCUCAGGCAUUGCUAAUGUUUGAUACAAUUUUCUGAUCGAUUAUUUAAAAGACA